AUGGGCGAAAACAUUGAAAUGAGUGCCAACGGCGGGCCAAAUAAAGACCCGCAUAUAAGCCACGACUUGAAACACAAAUACGAGUCAAUGACGAAAAAAGCGCGGAUCAAGACUAGCGUACGGCUGGCCAUAGUAGUGAUGUGCGCGGCGGCAAUGAUCUACCAGGUUAUUGUACUUACAGCACAAUACCUUAACGGUCAGACACUGGUCAAUAUUAAAAUCGAACAGAUCAAGUAUAAUAAAAUACCCGCAUUCACCGUAUGCUACCCACGGCUACUGUCCUUUAAGCGUGUGGCUGAGGUAUAUCCCGAUUCGUACGGUCAACUGUACGCUACUUACAUGGACACCAUGCGAAGUGUCGCCCAAGGUGAUAUUAGCUAUCAUGACAACAACGUGACCACGAACCUUAAUGAUUUGUACGAGGGCAAUGUAACAGCGUUGAUUAAUAAAGAGCACCGACUGCGCGAUUUGUUUGACCUGAGCAUACCCUACUAUUAUGGGAACCGGAGUUCAAGUUUGUUCAACAAGGACAAAUUAACCGAGUUUGCUAUCGAUAUACACGUUAAUGCGAUAAGGUUAUUUAAUAAUAAUAAAACCCUUAAUGUAAUCGAGAUCACCGAUACUGAACCAAUCGAGUCACUGGUGAUGCCCGACGGCCGGCAGGGGUUCAAGUGUUUUACAUUUUUCAGUCAAAUGAAACCCAAAUGGAGAGAAUACCAGAUUGAUUUGAAAGAGAUGAAUAUGAACAUCUAUCAGCACGAAUCGUGGUUCCCACCUAGCUUGUACGAAGGUGGCGCGCACGUGCACCUGUCAAUGCACUCGCCAAACAUACUACCCCAGCAAAUGUCACCCAACAAUUUUGUGCGACUAAAAACGGGCAAAUGGUACGAAAUGACGUACAACCGGUGGAAAACCAUACUAUUACCACCUAGGUAUGACACCAAAUGUCGCGAGUAUGACUUAAAAAGCACAAGGGCGGGUGACUAUCAGCUCCGGGCCGAUUGCGUUAAUCAAUGCGUUUACGACGGUUUGCUUAAGACUUGCGAUGCAGACAAACUGUCACCUCUUAAGGGCCAACCUCUUGGUAAUAGCGAUAACACCGGUAGCGUCAACACCAGCACAGGUAAAAUUGGCAAGGUGGGCAAAGGUCUCGGCAAACGGCAACAGCACAACGCAACCCUAUGCCUGUACCGGUCGGAUAGUCUAUGGCGACAAGAGCUGGUGGCACCGGGCGCACCCCUGGCAGAUGAGCGCAUAUGCGCCAAAUACGAGGUUGGCACUAUAAAAUCAACAUUGGCCGGGGCUGAUAAACAAGCCUUUGAGCGUACGGUAGACCGGAGGGCGUGUUUCCGACAGCACGCCUCCCGAGUAAACGGCGAGUGCGAACUCAAGUGUCCGCAAGAGUGCAAUAACAGGUAUUAUAACUAUAACGUUAAGACCAGCGAUAAGCUGCCCGGCCAUUCGCCCUGGACUAAGCAGACACAUGUCCGUAUGGCACACAAUCAGUUGCCCGAUCAGAUCACCGAGCACAUACCCGAGAUCAGUUUUGUUCAGUUUAUCGGCACGUUUGGAGGGUUGGUGGGCAUGUGGGUCGUAAUCUGUGCCAUCGCUAUGAUUUACCAAGUAAUUGAUUAUACGGCACAGUAUAUGAGCGGCCAAACACUGGUAAACAUCCAGAUCGAAGAGAGCAAGUACAACAAAAUACCCUCAAUUACCAUAUGCUAUCCCCGGCUACUGUCAAUGAAACGAGUUGCUGAUGUAUACCCUGUGAAUUAUAAGGAACAGUACAGCGCCUACUUAGAUACUAUGCAAAGUAUCGCUGAUGGUGAUAUUAGUUAUGAAAACAGCACGAUGGUCUCAUACCUAAACGAUUUAAAAGUGAUGCACAUAAACAUCUAUCAGCACGAGUCGUGGUUUCCACCUAGCUUGUACGAUGGGUCGGCCCACGUAUAUCUGUCAAUGCACUCGCCAAACAUAAUGCCCCAGCAAAUGAGCUCGAACAAUUUCAUCCGGCUACAAGCGGGCAAAUGGUACGAAAUGACGUACAACCGGUGGAAAACCAUACUAUUGCCGCCCGGGUAUGACACCAAAUGCCGCGACUAUCGCCUAAGCAGCACCAAAUCAGGCGAUCAACUGCGGGCCGACUGCGUUAAUCAAUGCAUUUACGACGGUCUGGUCAAGCAUUGCGACCAUGAUAAACAAGCAGCCCAGCAUGGUCAAGAGCCCCUAUGCCUGUACCGAUCGGAUAUUUUAUGGCGCAAAGACCUGGUGGAAUCUGGUGCACUUUUAGAUAACAAUCGCAUAUGCGCUAAAUAUGACCCUGGGACAGUAAACGCACACCUGGCCGAUGAGCGCACGGUAUAUCGUAGGGUGUGUUUGCAGAGUCACGCGUUACGUGUGAACGGCGAGUGCGAACUCAAGUGUCCGCAAGAGUGCAAUAAUAGGUACUAUAACUAUAACGUUAAGACCAGCGAUAAAAUGGACGCACACUCGCCCUGGACUAAGCAGACACAUGUCCGUAUGGCACACAAUCAGAUGCCUCAACAAAUCACCGAGCACAUACCCGAGAUCAGUUUUGUCCAGUAUAUAGGUACGGUGGGUGGGUUGAUGGGCAUGUGGGUAGGUUUGUCCGCGUUUGCCGUUUUGGAUUUUGCACUAGGUUAUAUAUAA